AUUAGUACGACGUCCCUUGGCCGUUACUAGUUACCACAGCUACAAAGUAGCUAUAUUGGCUGUCGUAAAAAUGUAUGAAAACCCUGCUUUUUGGGGUAAAUUUACGGUUAGACAUAAUGCGAGCAGUGUGAUUUGGCUUAUCUUUAAAACCAGGUUUUAAGAAGAUACAUUGUAGAAAUAGACGGGGUUUAGUCAUAAUUAUGACUUUGUGGAUACUAGUGACAACCACGUCCCUUCCAUGAUUAUCAACGUUACUGUUGCUGGCUACAUCAAAUAAAAUAUCGUCAGAUAACGAACAUUAAUUGUACUGUCAAGAUGACUGCAUAUAAACGUCCGCUGAUGGGAACUGUCACAUGAGGAACAGGCUAAUCAGCGCUAAGGACAGAGGGAGGCACAUUAACUUCCUGACAACAACAAGAUGAGGAUUUCAAAGCGCUGUGGCUCCAACAGACGUUUGUUGUUGCCCUUGAUGGUCCUUGGGUUGAUGAUCUUACUGGCAGUUGUAACCCUUAAUUGGUUUGAUACUGAAUCACAGAUGCCUUUGGCAUGGCACGUGGAUCCCAACCACCGAAAGCUUGUGCACUCUUUUGUACGGGGUGUUCUUUCGAACCAGUGCAGACCAGCCUUUGCCAGAAAGGGAGUAGAAGCAAGGCUCCAGAUUUCUAGUCAUGUGACUGAUCCUUUCCUGUGGCGGGACACACUGCUGACUCCAGAGAUGUUCAAGUACCCUCCACCAUUCGGGUUCCAUGACAUGCAUGGCAAACUGAAGGAUGUUCUCAACCUCCUCCCUGCUCAACCAGAGCAGCUGAAGAAAGAGUGCAGACGCUGUGUGGUCAUGGGAAAUGGAGGAAUCCUCCGUGGCCUUGAGCUGGGCACCCUGCUUGACCAGUUUGAUGUUGUCAUUAGGCUAAAUAGUGGUCCUAUGAGGAACUACAGUAAAGACGUGGGGAACCGGACCUCCAUCCGGAUGAGCUACCCAGAGGGAAGCCCCAAGGUCUGGGAAGAUGUGGACCCUGAGCUGCAGUUUGUGGCGGUGGUCUACAAGGCUGUAGACUUCAAUUGGAUCAGAGCAAUGAUCAACAGACAGAGAGUUUCCCUUUGGGACUGGCUGUUUUUCUGGCAGAAAGUGCCAGAGAAGAUUCCAGUAGACCUAUCAAAGUUCCGUUUGUUGAAUCUGGAGAUCAUCAGGCAGAUGGCGAUGGACCUGUUAGCCUACCCCUCCCCACAGCAACGCCUCUGGGGCUGGGACCAGAACGUGCCCACCAUGGGCAUCUCAGCCCUCAACCUGGCCACCUACCUGUGUGACGAGGUCAGCCUAGCAGGCUUUGGUUACAACCUCAGCCAGAAGGAGAUGCCCCUGCAUUACUAUGACAAUAUACCCAUGACGGCUAUGCUGGAGCAGAACAUGCACAACGUGGACCGUGAGAGGGCUCUCCUCCAGAGCCUGGUGAGGGAAGGGACUGUAUCAGACCUCACAGGGGGCCUGCACUGCACCUUCUGCCCCAGCUGAAAGAGACUGAUCUAGGCCUGCAGCGCAGCUAGCGACACACCAACGAUCUACCUUCCACUGACUUAUCAUUCCAAAACAUUUCACCCUGAGAACAGCAUUCCAAUUUAAUUCCAUGGAAUUCAAAAAAUGGUUUGAGACUAUGGAUCUGGGGACUUGAAUGAAAACUCUUCUAUGUUCUAGUGCAUGCCAGCAUAUUGAAUCUGCAUGGACUAGAUGUGCCGACAUGAUGGGGAACAGUGAAGCUGUACACUUCUCCCCUGCGCAGUUGAAAACGACAAGCCUAAAGAUGUACUAGUACAGCUAUUACAAAUCCCUCUAUAAGGGAAGUAUUAUCACUGCUAAACUUAAAUGUUUUUUGUAUUUUAAAAGCUAAUGGAUAAUUACUUAAUUAAAUCUUAGCAUAAAGUUGAUGCUAAAAAGUGUACAAACAUUACCAUAAUUAUUGUGAAGAAUGAACAGAUUGACUAACAAUAAUUAACAUUAGCUUUUUUAUGCUUUUGAUUUUAAGUUGAAUGUCCAGUUUGUUCGUGAGAUGUCUGAAUUUGGUUGUGUUUUUACAUUUUUCUAAUGUAAUUAUUAGAUUAUUUUUAUUAUAAUAAUGUAUGUUCUCAGUGCUUGACUUGGAUACAGGAGCUCUACAAUACUUUUCAAGAUAAUAUUCUAUAAGAGGAACAGGAGCUCAAGCAGUAAUUUGAGGUGCUGGCACUUGGCUCCAGUGAGCUCGUGUCCAAAUCAUAUCAUUUUAUUUAAAAUUAUUGAAUGUUUUGUUUUUUAAUGUCGCCAUAAUUGGCCUGGUUGUCAGUAAAGAAAAAAGAUUUGAACUUACAGUAUGAAUUACUGACAUUUUAUUUUUGUGUCAAAUUGCCAGUUGGCAACCUAUCCCUUACAGGAUUAAUUGAGACACAAACAAACAUUACGAUAAUUCAGUAAUAAUUAUUCUGGUGUUCUGUGCAGUGCGCACUGCAUAAAGACUGAAAAAUAAAUCGAUAGUAAAUAAGAUUUUCCAAGGAGUAAACAAACAGGGCUCCCAGGUGGCGCAACGGUCUAAGGCACUGCAUCUCAGUGCUAGAGGCGUCACUACAGACCCUGGUUCGAUUCCAGGCUGUAUCACAACUGGCUGUGAUUGGGAGUCCCAUAGGGUGGCACACAAUUGGCCAAGUAUCGUUAGGGUUUGGCAGGGGUAGGCUGCCAUCGUAAAUAAGAAUUUGUUCUUAACUGACUUGCCUAGUUAAAUAAAACAUAAUUAUAUCACUAAAGCAGGGAAAAUCAUACAAAUAAAUACAGAAAAAUGUAAAGAAAGGCCUUUGAACCCAGUCUGGCACAAAGAGAAGAUUCAAAUGGGAGGCAGGCCAGCACACAACCUAUAUAUGCAUGUGCCAUUUGGAAAAUAUUUUUAUAAUUUAAUUAUCGGUCACUGUUUUUCUUUUAUUCCAGGCUUUAUCAAAAGAUUCCACAAACGGAAAUACACAAUGGACAGUUUCUCCUCAUGGCUCAGCCACAUACUGCCAGGGUAUAUCUGGUGGGCUUUCUCCUCAUGGCUGAGCCACAUAAUGCCAGGGUAUAUUUGGUGGGCUUUCUGGAAUAAGGACACGUGCAUAUCGUGGUAGAAAGGGCCAUAGAUGAUCAAAUUAAUAGAAUUCUCUAUUUCAUUGAGGUCACAAUGGUUACAUAGUGUUUCCACUUCCAUUUCACCACAAUACCGACCUGUUUCAAUACGCAGAGACAAUAUCCCUGAUCUUAGCUGUUUCAAUACGCAGAGACAAUAUCCCUGAUCUUAGCUGUUUCAAUACGCAGAGGCAAUAUCCCUGAUCUUAGCUGUUUCAAUACGCAGAGACAAUAUCCCUGAUCUUAGCUGUUUCAAUACGCAGAGACAAUAUCCCUGAUCUUAGCUGUUUCAAUACCCAGAGGCAAUAUCCCUGAUCUUACAUAGCGAUCUCUUGCUUUUCGGAGGUUGUACAUUAUAUUUCUCACACACAAAUUCCCCCUUAAUGAAAAGGUUUAUGAUUAAUCUCCACUUAUUUAUUUUCAUAUUGCAUCAUCAGUUGUUUUUUAAUAGCAUCUAUGUCUCACUUCAUUUGGUUUUCGUACAACUGUUCACAGUCAGACUGUUGGAAAAUGUCAGACAUUUCAGUUGACCAGGCUCCCCCUAUGUUGAGAUCUCAUUGAAAAACGCUGCUGGCUAUUCUGGCAAUUGGCAUGUCCAAUAGUCUAUUCCAAUGUCUCACCAUACACGCCUUCCAUCUCACCUCACAGGAUUCCCAGCUCAUGUCCCAGUUAUUUCCAGUAUAGGUGCACACUUGUGGAUACCUAAAAAAAAAAAAAAAACGUACUGCUCUGUUAUGGACGUGUUAAUUUUUGAGAUACCUCUUAGCACCCCACACUCCUGCUGAAGAGUCCAGAACAGGACACAUGCAUGUCUGAUACAGUUUGGAAUAUGUAGUGUAACCAAUAUCUUUGAGUGGUUUUGUUUUGCCUAUAACUCCAAGAGCUCUACUUGCUGAGUCGGCCAGGGCAGAUGUGCCAUAUAGAAAGGUCAUAUGUUCAUCAAAAUAAAGACCCAAAUAUUUAUAA